AUCGCAUGUGUUUUAAAAAACAAAAACCAAACUAACGUAGUGUAUGUUGUAUAUAUGGUGGAGUAGAGAGAGUAGAGAGGAGACAACGUAACGGAGAUUAGUAGGUAGAGAGUAGAGGUGUCUAUGGCGUUUCAGGAUCAUUUUUCUCAAGAAAUGGGUCUCCAGCAGCAGCAGCAAAACGCGGGCGUUUUGCGGUCUAUGCUACCGGAGCAGCCUUCUCCUUCUCCUUCUCCAAAAUCUCCUCCGCCUUCCACGUGGCUCAACACUACUACUAAUAAUAGCUCCCUCCUCCUCCUCCGCCAGCAGCAGCGCCACCACUUCUCCUCCUCUGACUUCCUCCACCUCCAAACCUCCAACAACAACAACAACUCCGGCGACUCCUCCACCACCUCCAACCACUGGCUGUCUCCCACGGCGGACGUGAAGAAGCACGGCGGCGGAGAGAGCCCCCCCAAUGAAGGUGCAAGUUGGGAGAGGGAUAAGUGCAAGGCCGAGCUUCUGAACCACCCGCUCUACGAUCAAUUGCUGUCGGCUCACGUGUCCUGUCUCAGAAUCGCUACGCCCGUUGACCAGCUCCCCAGAAUCGACGCCCAGCUUGCUCAGUCCCAAAACGUCGUCGCUAAGUACUCCUCCCUUCUCGCCCACACCCAACCUCCCCUUCACGAUAAAGACCUUGAUCAAUUUAUGACACAUUAUGUUCUAUUGCUCUCUUCCUUUAAAGAACAACUACAACAACAUGUCCGAGUCCACGCUAUGGAAGCUGUGAUGGCCUGCUGGGAACUUGAGCAGUCCCUACAGAGCUUAACAGGGGUAGCGCCAGGUGAAGGAACAGGUGCAACAAUGUCUGAUGAUGAGGAUUAUGAGGCAGGGGCAGGGGCAGGGGGGGAUAGUGACACCAACUUUUUUGAUGGAGUAGCAGACACCAUGGGCUUUGGACCUCUGGUGCCUACUGAAACUGAGAGGUCACUCAUGGAGCGGGUGAGACAAGAACUUAAGCAUGACCUCAAACAGGGCUACAAGGAAAAGAUAGCAGACAUCAGAGAGGAAAUUUUGCGGAAAAGAAGAGCAGGGAAGCUGCCGGGUGAUACUACAUCUGUCUUAAAAGCAUGGUGGCAAUCCCAUUCUAAAUGGCCUUAUCCAACAGAGGAAGACAAAGCAAGAUUAGUACAGGAAACUGGCUUGCAACUCAAACAGAUCAACAAUUGGUUCAUUAACCAAAGGAAAAGAAAUUGGCAUAGCAAUCCUUCAUCUUCCUCUUCUUCUCAGAAGACCAAACGCAAGAGUGCAGCUGAAAAAUUGAGCAGCGAGCAUUUCAUGUGAAGGGCCAAAGACAAGGAGAUCAAAGAAAGAAAACAUAUCCUGUCUGUUUUUGUAUCCAAAGCCAUUGCCAAAACUAGUUCACACCAAUACUUAAAGUAGAGGAUACAAGAUUCAACAACCAAGCAUUAUACAAGAAUUGCCACUGCUCACUCGUGUUCACCAAAGGUUUGGCAAAACUAAAAUUAAACCACACACUGAUCAAUUCUAGUUGACUAGACUAGAUUAUGGUACCGUACCGUGUUUUUUGUUAGCACAAGUAGGAGGUGUAGAUUAUGGUUAGGGGCUCCAGGUAGUUUAUAUAAUACUACUAAUGUACUGCAUCAACAAUAUAAACCUACUUUAUUAAGUUGAGAUGAGAUGCACAUAAACUGUUUUAUAUGUGUUCUAUUAAUGCUUAUAUAAUUGAUCCA